AUAUAUAUAUUUACAGUGUUUACUAAAUUUCAGAAAAGCUUGAAAUGCUGGAAAUUAUUGCUAAAAUAAUGGAAAAAUGUGCUGUGACAGAACACUGGGUCAUUGAAAGUCACAGUGCAGCUACUGAGGCAACUCGUGAGGUUGCUCAGGAAAUGGAAGCAUGUAGAGAGUCUGGAUCUGUUCUGUCACCACCCGAAACUUUUCUCCAGAUGUAUGAUUCAGUGUUCAAAGACAAAAUUAAUCUUGCAUGUGAUGAUGAAAUUGUGAGUAAGGACACUGAAGUUCAAGUAAUCCAGCAAGAGAUCCAGGCAAUAGUUGAUAAUCAAAAUUUGGAUGGAAAGAAAAUUUUUGAUGUUGGAGAAGACCUUGUGGCUACAGAAGAAGAGGUUAACAUUAUUGACCCUAUAACAAAAACUCGAAUGACAGAACCUGUGCGGAAUAAAAUUUGUGGACAUGUGUAUGAAAAAUCCAGUGUGCUUCAAAUGAUUAGACAAAAAAAGCGUAAGGGUUUUAGAUGUCCUGCAAUGGCAUGUGCAAACCGUUCCCUUAUAAAUCCCCAAGAUUUAAUAGAUGCUCCUGAUGUUUUACGGGCAAUUCGCCAACAGGAAUCAGUCCACACAUGAAAUAGUUUUAACAGUUUUGAGUUGCCUACAAAAUGAGGUAGUUUAUCAUUUCAAAACUUUUCAAAUGUUAAUUUCAAAUUAUCAUUUCUUAGAGUUAAUCCCACUUGUAUAGUAGUUGUGGGGUAUUUGAAAAUGUGAAUGUCUUUGCAUUAUGAACCUGUAUGUUGACCACUUAUCAAUAGAUUCAGCCAAGUUUUCAUGGAGUAAUUGUAACAUUAGUGUAAUGACUGAAAAUGUGUCAGAGUAGGUGCAUGAAGUAACAGGUUGCUUAAUGUCAAGUAAAAAAUAACUUAAAUUAAACAUGUUAAUGUUAAGGUAAAGAAAACAGAUUGUACAGGAUGUAAUUAUCCUAGGAGUCAGCGGAUUAAUUUUUUAUAACCAUCCUUAUGUAGCACUUUAAGGCAAGCAGCUGCUCUUUUUAC